AUGAAAGAUCGCGGAUAUCGUUGUGAAAAUGAUACAAAACCGAAUGUUAUGUUCUAUUUUGAUAAUGAAACAGAACAAUGUCUACCAUUUCUAUACGAAGGUUGCGGUGGCAGUGAAAAUCGCUUUUCAAAUAUUGAAACAUGUAGAUUAAAUUGCAUUCCACAAGAUUAUGGAUGGUGUGCAAUGAAAGGAAAAGCAUAUGAGGAUAAUGAGAGUAGCACGGUGAUCUGUUCCGGUCCACUAUCCGAUCCAUGUCCCGAGAAAUACGUAUGCAGACAUUUGGCAUUCUUCGGGAUUUGUUGCCCCGCAAAAACUGAAGGUAAUUAUUGA